AUGACCACCAUCCUAGCUCCUACUCGCGCCAGCACGACGAACAAAAUUACGCUGCAUUCGCGUUUGGACGACGCAGUGAAUCGCACGCUCAGAAGUGGUGACUGGGCCCAUUCUCGCGCCACGGACAACCAAUUCCAUAGCCAGACCGCCAGUAGAAGCGCGCUUAUAGGCUUUCGCGGGCUGCAGUCGCCGCCGACCGUCUCGAUACUGGAGGGGCGGGUGGCAAUGUCACAGGCUCGUGUUCAAGAGAAAGAUGCGAAGGCCCAUAGCCGGGCGAAGAGUGGCCCAAGAGAAGCGGGGAAGGAGAACCAUAUUGUGAACGGCUGGAGCGAGGCGGCGAUGAAAAGGAAAGCCUUGGACUAUGAAGAGGAUAUCGAGGGAUUUCAAUUCUCACGCACGUCGCGUUCAAAGAAGCCUCGGCCCUCCCCCGAACCAUUGCCAAAAGAUAGAGCCCCCCAGAAAGUAGCCACUCAGGGACGAUGGGAGAAAGGCAAAGCUAUCAAAUCAGGCGAUAGAGCGAGCCUGGCUCCAGACACGCCGAAUGGGCAGGAUACACGCCGGAGGUCAAAAAGACUAGCUAGUGAUGAACCAGAAAGACCUUCGUCGUCUAGAAGGAAACUCCAGCUACCUGAUUCAACGGAAGACCAGCCAAUGACAAAAAAGGGUAAAUCUGCCCGAACAAAAGCUUCAGAAAUGCGCCCGCAGGUAAUAGAGGAUAUCGAAGAGCGAGCUACCCCACAACCGCCAGCAGAGAUCAAAGUCGCCCUUCCUUUCGCCGAUACACCCGUCAUACAGCGCAAUAAGGACAUGAGACAAGAACGGGGAAGGGGUAAAAGACGAAGUAGCUUUGGAAUGAGGGGCAGAAGGGCAAGCUCAUUGAUUGAUUCUGGGGCAUCGAAUGCUCUACCACAUGACAAGGUCGAUACGGCGGACUUUUACAAACAUAUCGAGAGCGAGGAUUUAUCCGAACCUAGACGAAUGCGACAAUUAUUGACUUGGUGUGCGACUCGGGCAAUAGGCGAAAAGCCUUCUGGUUCAAGGUCCGAGGACGAAAGCGCAAAAUUAGCAGCACGAGUCAUACAGGAGGAAAUCCUUAAGGAACUUUCCAACCGAUCGGAGUUGUCGGAUUGGUCCAAUCGUGAAGAAACCGCGUCACCGGCUGUGGUUGUAAAAAAGCCGAACCCGAAGAAUAUUCAAAAUGCAGAAAAGAUCAAGGAGUUGGAGGAGCAUAUUCUGCGGCAGCGCGCUGUUGGAUGCUUGAUGCUAAGAACUGAGAAGAAGCAACAAUCCGAGUCAGAGCCUCAACCUUCUCCAAUUGAUUCUUCGCUACUCGAUCCCUCUCAGCAAUCGUUGCUAGAUCUUACCCAAGCACCUAUUUUUCCUCCUCAACCACACUCUCAGCCGUUUGUCCCUUCGGAUCUCCAAACGCCGCUGGAUACAUCAGAUCCCGUAUUGUCAUUAACUACGCACCUGUCAUCACUCUCGUCGUCUCUUGCGCCGAUAUUGGAUUCGUUCGCCGCAGGGAUCCAUCACCUUGAAUUAUACCGCUCUGCUGCGGACAAUGUUGCCGGCGGCGUUCUUAGGGCUUGCGCGAAAAGGUUGGAAGAGAGAGACCUUCGCGCCUCGGAGAAAUCAUAUGUAUUUAGAGAGGUGAAGAGUGAAGGCGAGGAAGGUGAAGGAGGUGGCGGAGGCAGGAUCGUCAAAACAGAAAUCGAGAGAGAAGACUUGAGACCUGUUUUGGGGGCGUUGAGCCGGCUAGAAAGAAGAUGA